AUGUCUUUAAAUCUAUUAUUUGUAGAAAGAUCUGCUACAGAAUGCUCAGAAACGGAGCGGAUAGUUAAAGCAUGUGGAGAAAUUGCUUCUGAACUUAUUCGUACAUAUGAAUCUGGGAAAUAUAGAGAUAUAAAUCUGAAUGCGAUUAAGCAGAAUGUUUGUAGAAAAUAUAGGCUUUCUAUUCAGCCUCGUUUGGUGGAUAUAAUUGCAGCUAUUCCGGAUUUUUAUAAGCCAUAUUUGCUUCCAAAAUUAAAAGCAAAGCCAGUUCGUACAGCAAGUGGAGUAGCACCUAUAGCAGUGAUGUCUAAACCUCACAGAUGUCCACACAUCGCUAUGACGGGAAAUAUUUGCGUAUAUUGUCCAGGAGGACCAGAUUCUGAUUUUGAGUACUCAUCUCAGUCAUAUACAGGUUAUGAACCUACGAGUAUGAGGGCUAUUCGUGCAAGAUAUGAUCCAUAUGAGCAGGCUCGUGGACGGAUUGAGCAGUUGAGGUCAUUGGGGCAUGCAGUUGAUAAAGUAGAGUAUAUUAUUAUGGGAGGAACGUUUAUGUCUUUACCGGAUACAUAUAGGGAUUGGUUUAUUGCAUCAUUGCAUAAUGCAUUAUCUGGUUAUACUACACAUAACGUAGAUGAAGCAGUCAAGUUUUCGGAGAAGUCAAAAACAAAAUGUAUAGGUAUUACUAUUGAAACGAGGCCAGAUUAUUGUUUGGAUCAGCACCUUAACUCGAUGUUGCGUUAUGGUUGCACUCGACUUGAGAUUGGUGUUCAAAGUGUUUAUGAAGAUGUGGCGCGAGAUACAAAUCGAGGACAUACUGUUAAAGCAGUAUGUGAAACAUUUUGUUUGGCAAAAGAUGCCGGAUUUAAAAUAGUAUCUCAUAUGAUGCCGGAUCUUCCAAAUGAAUAUUUUGAAAAUCCAGCAUUUAGAACAGACGGAUUAAAAAUAUAUCCAACAUUGGUAAUCCGAGGUACAGGUUUAUAUGAACUCUGGCGUACUGGCCGAUAUAAGAAUUAUACACCCAGCGUCCUUGUUGAUUUGAUAGCUAACAUUCUUGCCAUGGUUCCUCCAUGGACCCGUAUUUACCGAAUCCAACGUGAUAUUCCAAUGCCCCUUGUUUCUUCCGGCGUUGAAAACGGCAAUCUUCGGGAACUUGCACUGAGUCGUAUGAAGCACCUUGGAUGGGCCUGUAGAGAUAUUCGUACACGGGAGGUAGGCAUGCAAGAAAUUCAUCAUAAAGUUCGUCCAGAACAAAUUGAAUUUUUACGGAGAGAUUACACUGCCAACGGUGGUUGGGAAACAUUUUUAAGUUAUGAAGAUCCAACACAAGAUAUUUUAAUAGGCUUACUCCGUCUUCGUCGUUGUUCUCCUCAAACUACUUUUCGUUCUGAAUUACUUGCUUGUCCAACAUCAAUUGUACGAGAGCUACAUGUAUAUGGCAGUGCUGUACCAAUUCAUGAUAAAGAUCCUAAAAAAUUUCAACACCAGGGCUUUGGAAUGCUUCUCAUGGAACAAGCAGAGAGAAUUGCAAAAUAUGAACAUUUAAGCCACAAAAUCGCCGUCAUCUCAGGUGUUGGUGUCCGAGCAUAUUAUCGUCGUCUUGGUUAUUUUUCUGAUGGUCCUUAUAUGUCAAAAUUUCUUAAUGAUCAACAUCCAAAACUACAGAAAUGUAUUUAG